GGCUCUAAUACUCGUCUAAGAGUGAAGAAAGCUUGUGAUCGUUGUAAGAGACAAAAGACAAAAUGUGAUGGAGAACAACCAUGUCUAACAUGUUCAAGACAUGGACAUAAAUGUGAAUAUACAAGUGUCGUACCGAUUACUACAAUAGUGGACAAAAAUAAGGAAAACAAACACAAUUUGAAAGUUCAUGGAGGGAAUGAUGAAGAAGGUUAUGUGCAAUACUUGGAAAACAGAAUACGUGAAUUGGAAAGUCAAGUCCAAGAUACAAACAACUUAACAAAAGAUGAAAUAUUUGACAAGAACUUCUAUACUUUCUCCAGAGAUAAGUAUCGUGUAAUGAGAAGGUAUCAAAACAUUUUACCCCAUGAGCUGGGAAGUGUUGUUUAUGAAAGCUUAGAUGAGAAAGAACGUAAAGGGUUGAUUGUCCCUAGAAUUCAGUUUUAUGGUUGGAAUAUGAAUGGUGGUCAUUAUUUGAAACAACGAAAAUUGCCGAGUUUUGUGAAGUUGAUUGAUUUGGUUAAUGAUUUAGAGCUAGGGAAUUGGCUGGUGGAUUUCUUUAUGGAGAAGAUAAAUCCACUCUUUGGAAUACUACAUGAAAGUGUCUUUAGGGAUCAAUAUGAAAACUAUUUGAGAAACAUGGAGGAUGGUGAUUCAAACCAAUCUACAACUAGACUCUUCACUUCAAUCUUAUAUCUUGUCUUUGCCAUUUCGCUAAGAUAUUCAGAGAAUCAUCCAGAUCUGCCAUUAAAUAUCAAAACCAAAGUUUAUCCAUCAUUAGAAGAGAAAUUAUUUGAUGAUGCAUAUGAGGUAGUUACGAAACUGAGUUUUGAAUGGCAAUCUUUUGAAUUGGUUCAAUCAUGGAUUCUUAUUACAUUAUACUUAAGAACUUGUCAUAGACAAAUAUCUUCAUAUACUUCAUUAGGGAUAGCGAUAAGGAUGUGCAAAGGUAUGGGGAUGAAUUUGAAUAGAAUACCAGCUGUUUUCCACAAGAAAGUAUAUGAGCAUGUCAAGAUUAAACGUAUUUUUUGGGUUGCUUAUGUCUGGGAUAGAAUAUUUGGGUUCCAAAGUGGUAAACAUUAUGAGUUACAUGAUGACAUCAUAAACAUGGAAAUACCUUCGUUAGAUGAUGAUACAUCUGAUGGAUGGUUGACGAAGCCUUCAUUGGCAAUGAUCCACUUAGCCAAGAUCUGUGGUGAUAUUCAACAAUUGAAUCUAAAGGGGAAAUUAACAGAUGAUAAAAUUGAGGAAAUUGAUCAAUUUUUGAAAAAUUGGAAAAAAUGGGUUGAUGAAUCAAUUAGCCCAAAAGAAUAUGACACCUUAUUGAUUGAUCAAAUCUACUUAACUUAUCAUGAUAUUAUGUUAAAUUUACACAAUAAAGUGCUGUUCAAAUUAUUAGAUAAAGAUAUUCAAAUUAAUAGUACAACACAAAUCCAAAUUUUGUUAUUCCAUUCAAAUGAGAUUUUAGAAGUUUUUGAAAAAAUUAAAUCGCAACAAUGCCUAUUGGUUCCUUGGUGGCUGAAUUUAGUUUUGUUGUUUAAUACCUCAUUGAUUGACAUCAUGUUGAUUAAUUCGGGGCUUUAUUUGAUUCAAUCGUAUUCAAAUUUAUCUAAAACCAUAGAAAUCUUGAGUUCAUUGAAAGAUAAAGUUGGGAUGGCAAAAGAAUGCUUAUGGGCCUUGAAAAUGUUGAAUCACAUGGUUAUUACAAGAUUUCAGAAAAGCAUUUCAUGUUUACAAGAUAUUGGUAUCGAUCAUGGAUCUGAAAAUGUAAACAAGAUCAAAUUCUUACAAUUUGGGAAAGUCAAUGAUGAGAACAAAGAGAAUAGUAAAAAAAGAAAGAUCCAAAAUGAC